GUGACUCAUCGCGACAAGUCAUGUGACACAACGCGGAAGUUAUCAUACACACCGAACGCUACACAUGUAUGUAAUUCCGUUCUUGUCACUACGUUGUACGGAAUUGAAUGUGUUGUAAUGUCACUAACCCAAGGAAAGGACAACAGCUUUCUGGGUGGUAGAAUACCCCCAGAAAUCGAAUCUAUGGCAAAAUACCUCACGGAUGUGGAGCAAGACAUGUUCAGGAAAAUACUGAAAGCCGUGGUGAAUGCCCUGGAGGGGAAGGACUGCACAGACACGAUGAAGUCAAUAGCAGAGACGAGUGUGCUGCCACGGGAGAAGCUCAGUCACGUGGUCGCUGGAAUGUACAGACUAUUGUCUGAGGCUAUCCGCGUACGACCGGCAUUACUUAAGCAAGAGGCCUUUAAAGAAGAUCUUCGUGACCUGAGGAUACCAGAAGACUUCAUUACUGAUUUCUGCAGUGUGGUUUUUGGAAAUCGGCGUGCAACUCUAGAAGCAGCGACUUCUCAGAGGGACCCCCACCUGCCUACAAUACAUGAAUUUAAAUGGAGAGUGGAUGUCGCCAUUUCUACAAGCUCCGUGGCCAGAGCCCUGCAGCCUUCUGUGCUCAUGCAGAUGAAACUGUCUAACGGACGUGCUCAUCAGUUUGAGGUGCCAGUGUCGAAAUUCCAGGAACUCCGCUACAACGUUGCUCUGAUUCUCAAAGAGAUGAACGAUCUGGAGAAGAGGAGCAUUCUGAGGAUACAAGAUUGAUGAACUUUGGGUUUUUAUAGAAGCGACCAGAGAGCUUGAAAUUCAUUUAUAUUUUUAUUAUUAUUAUAAUUAUAAUAAUAUUAAUUAUAAAUUAUUAUUAUGAAUAAUAAUGUUAUAUUAAAAUAAUAAUAAUAUAUUAUAAUUAUUUUAAAUCUUGCAAUAAAUAUUUUACAAUAAAAAUAAUAAAAUAAUAUUAGCAAAAAGGGUUUCCAUUUUUAAUGACCUCUCAUGGCCCACCUGCAGUACCACCGCGGCCCACACUUUGGGAAUCAGUGCCGUAGAGGAUCCAGAAUGACCAACCGCAACUUUUCCUUUUUGGUGCUUUCAAUUGAUGGUACUCUUUGGGGUGGACAUCAUGUCAGUGGGUCCAUAAUCUUCUUCCAACCCGUUGUGCCUCGUGUGACAGAUACCAAGCGCCCGUACCGGUAUGGAUGACAUUGCUCAGGGUGUGACCGAUGCUGUGUCCAAGCAACUACGUGGGAUUUGGGUGCUGGAUGUGCACCAAUACAGAUCUGCCACCUUUGCAGUACGGUAGGAGCACGACCGAUUGGCUGUAGAGGUGCUACCAUGAUAUAACGCCCCACCCACUAUAACACCCCACCCACCCCACCCUCUGCAUAAGCUAAAAUCAUUCACAGUAUUUCAUUUAGUCUUCGAUGGAUGGAUCAUAUUUUUUUUUGCUAUUGGUGGUAGCUUAAUUCAGACAUACUGUAUGAUGAGUGAAGCUGAUGAAGCCACGCUCCAUAGUUAUGUACUUACAGUAUAUACAGUAUUAUUUGCUAGUGUGUGUAUUCAUCUGCACACUACCUUUUAUCCAUUAAAACAUAUUUCAUUACUAACAGUAUUGGAGAAAUUAUUUAUUGCAUUAGCAGUACCUGUCAAAUGAUGUUUUGUAACCAGGGAAAUUAGUGGUGGAAAAUUGUAUAUUCCCUUUCAUCAUGCACACGAAUGCAUUGUUCAUGAACACUUGUCUUACCUGUUGCACACUGGAAUGUUUUAAUAGAUCGACAAAGGUCACAGUAUCACAUUUACAUCAGCGUCUGCAGCUUGCAUCAGACUUUGUAUUUAGUCUGUCUGUCUGUAAGAGUGUGUCAUGUGUAUCAGCCUUAAUAUCUAUGGGAGGGAUUGAGUACACGGGCGAGACCGGUCGACCUAUAUUUAAUAGACACUCUGGGUUACUACUAACGUGGACACACAUCCAGCUGCGUAAUCUUUUGCACUACUUCCAGAUUACCAAACAUCUUUAUUGUGACAUAGCGGGAAAUAGCAAUGGCGGCGUAAGGUCAGGUACGACUUGUCUUUCUUAGCAAACACACACAACCAGUAUGUGUCAUUGUGGUCUAUUUUAACACUGAAUAUUCACUGAAUAUUCAGUGAUUUUGUAGUUUUUAAACACUGGUUAAUUGCUUUUUACACUUGCACUUACCUCAGAACUAUUAAACACCUCAUAUGUGAUCCCAUACCUUUCUGUUACACCUUUGGCGGUCUAUUAAAAGUCUUUUAUUGUUUUCAUAUUAACAACUUCUUUUUAUACUUGCAUAUCUUUUAAU